AUGCACAUUCUCGUCACCGGAGCCGCCGGUUUCAUCGGAAGUCACACUGUGCUGGAACUCCUGGAGUCUGGCUACACCGUUUUGUGUAUCGACAACUUUGCCAACGCGAUUUCUGACGAGCACGGAAAUGCGAUUUCGCUGAAACGAGUGGCUGCAAUCACCGGGAAACCCGUGCCAUUCCAGAAUGCCGACGUUUGUGACGAGGCGGCGCUGGAGAAGGUGUUCGCGGAGAAUAAAUUCGACGGAGUUAUCCAUUUGGCGGCGUUGAAGGCUGUCGGAGAGUCUGUUGCUAAGCCAUUGCAAUAUUAUUCGAAUAAUUUGGUGGCCAGUUUGAAUUUGAUUCAGAUGUGUCUCAAAUACAACGUGAAGAACUUCGUCUUCUCCUCCUCAGCCACCGUCUAUGGACCACCAUCCGAGCUACCAAUCACCGAAAAGUCUCAAACUGGACAAGGAAUCACCAAUCCGUAUGGACAAACGAAGUACAUGAUGGAGCAGAUUCUGAUUGACGUUGGCAAGGCGAAUCCCGAGUGGAAUGUGGUCCUUUUGAGAUAUUUCAACCCGGUUGGAGCACACAAAUCAGGAUUAAUCGGAGAGGAUCCAAAGGGUGUCCCAAACAAUUUGAUGCCAUACGUCAGCCAGGUAGCCAUUGGGAAAUUGCCGGUUUUGACGAUUUAUGGUGAUCAAUUUGAUACUGUCGAUGGAACUGGAGUUAGAGAUUAUAUUCAUGUGGUGGACCUCGCCAAGGGACAUGUUAAGGCUUUUGAUCGUAUUAAGAACGUUGGAAACGUCGGAACUGAAAUUUACAAUUUGGGCACUGGCGUUGGAUACUCGGUCCGACAGAUGGUCGACGCGUUGAAAAAAGUCAGCGGAAGAGAUAUUCCAGUCAAGGUGAGAGAGAGAGACUACAAACUACAAAAAUUUCCAGAAAAAAUGACGAAGUUUGAGCCAGAAACGAUUGGCGUCCCACGCCCCGGUGACGUGGCAUCCGUCUUCUGUGAUCCAUCGCUGGCCCAAGAGAAGCUCGGCUGGCGCGCCGAGAACGGUCUGGAGGAGAUGUGUGCGGAUUUGUGGAAUUGGCAAACGAAAAAUCCACAGGGAUUCUCGGCAUAA